CCAAUCUCAACUGAAAUACUUGUUGUUGGCGGCGGACCCGCCGGAAGUUACGCUGCUGCUGCUUUGGCUCGAGAAGGUUUUGAAGUCACUCUUCUCGAAGCUGCGAACUUCCCUCGAUAUCAUAUUGGCGAGAGUUUGCUUCCAUCGGUCCGCCCAUUCUUGGCAUUCGUUGACGCAGAGGAAUCUGUCAUGAACUACGGGUUCACAAUUAAGCCUGGUGCUGCCGUCAAGUUGAACCAGUUCAAGCGAGAAGGAUAUACAGAUUUUAUUACGCUGAACCCAAACAAUGGGUCGUGGAACGUGAUUCGAUCAGAAUUUGAUGAUUUGCUAUUUCGUCAUGCUUCAAAGUGUGGCGCAGCCGUGUUCGACAACACAAGAGUCGCCGAAAUUCAGUUCGAUGGCGGAAGGCCUGUUUCAGCCGACUGGAGGAAUGCCAGCACCGGGACACGAGGUCGUAUCUCUUUCAGUUACCUAGUCGAUGCGUCAGGAAGGAACGGGAUCAUGUCCACAAAGUAUCUCAAGAACAGACGCUAUAAUCAAGCCCUCAACAACAUCGCAUGCUGGGGAUACUGGGAGGGGACCGGGUCUUACAUGCCGGGUACCACUCGCCAGAAUGCUAUUUGGGUCGAAGCACUCGAAGACGAGUCUGGAUGGGCUUGGUUCAUUCCUCUUCACGACGGAUCCACAUCUGUGGGAAUUGUGAUGGAUCAAGAAUCAAGCAACCGUAAGAAGGCUUCCCGUGCGGCCUCAGGAGGUUCCGGCCCCAAUCUUCUGGCUCAUUAUAAGGAAGAAUUAAGCAGAGCUCCUGGAGUGCUUAGAUUGAUUGGAAAUGGCACUCUUCAAAACGACGGUACGCCAGAAGCUGUGAAAUCUGCAAGUGAUUUUAGUUACUCAGCUCCCUCUUAUGCCGGGGAUCAUUUCCGCCUGGCGGGGGACUCUGGAGCGUUCAUCGACCCAUUCUUCUCCUCUGGCGUGCAUCUGGCCUUCACAGGAGGACUUUCAGCUGCCCUCACGAUAGCUGCGUCCAUUCGAGGGCUUUGCAGCGAAGACGAUGCUCAACGCUGGCACACAUCAAAGGUUGCCACCUCCUACACGAGGUUUCUUCUUGUCGUCCUUGGGACCUACAAACAGAUCCGCAAUCAGUAUAUGCCAGUGAUGAGCGAUGUGGACGAGGACAAUUUUGACAGAGCAUUUGAUCUGAUCAGGCCGGUGAUACAAGGAACAGCAGAUGUUGGUAAGGCGUUAACAGAAGACGAACUCCAGAAAACUAUGGACUUCUGUCGUCAUCUAUUUGCACCCACUGAUCCCGAGAUGCAUUCUGCAGUCAAAGCUAGGCAAGGGGGUCUAACAUCCCCAGAUGGGCCUGUCAUGACAGAAUGCGAAGUCGAUCGCUUGCUCAGAGACGCUGAUGAGGAAGCCAAGAUUGUUUUGAAGGAGAUCAAUGCGCGAAAGCCCAUCCAUACGAUGUACAACCCAACGGAGAAUUUCGGUGUAGAGGAACACUUUGGUUUCAAGGCUGUCUUGGAACGAGGGAAAUUGGGUUUGGUGACUGCGUAG